CUACUUAUAUUAAAUAUAUCAUUAUUAUUAUAAGCCUACACUAUGAUAGCCAGCAAAUUAAUUAGUUAACUAAAGUUAGCCUGCCUAGCUGGAACUUCUACAAUUUCCAAAAGAUUACCAAACAAAAACAUAUGUACUUUUUAACGAGACGUUUGUGCCGUCAUGUGCAUCAAUAGCACAGUUUCUAACUUAUUUGCAUUCGUUCUUACUUACGUGUAUGUUGACUUCUCCAGUGAUGUUGUUUUUAAAUUAGGGACUUUUAUUAGCGGAUUAUGGGGAGUUUCUGGCCCCUGAGUUAACAUAAUUGUACACUCACAAAACCGACUAAGAACGAGGGCUUCGGUUGCAAACUUCCCUUGCUUGGCUAAUCAUUUGGACCGCCGGCCAAGAUGGCGACGGGGAUUCCCCCGAGGGCAUAAGGCUAGGAUGGCAGAAAAAAUGAGGAUUGAGCAGAUUUCACACCUAAACAGUUCCCCACCUAUUGUAGACCCCUCCAUGUAUGGCUACGGAGACCAGAAGCGAUCGGUGGAAGACGGCGUAGGUAACCAGCUGGGAGCCAUGGUACAUCAAAGGGCUGUUUUGACAGAAGACUUUAAAGUGCCUGAUAGAAUGGUUGGAUUCAUCAUAGGCAGAGGAGGUGAACAAAUUACGAGAAUCCAGCUGGAGUCCGGGUGCAAGAUUCAAAUUGCCUCUGAGAGUGGCGGUAUGAUGGACAGAGCCUGCUCCCUCAAUGGAACCCCAGAGAGCAUUGAGCAGGCCAAAAGAAUGCUUGGGCAGAUAGUGGACCGCUGUCGAAACAGCUCUGGGUUCCACAGCGAGGCUGAGGACAACAGCUCAGUCCACGAGAUGCUCAUCCCAGCCAGCAAAGUGGGCCUAGUCAUCGGGAGGGGAGGGGACACCAUCAAGCAACUGCAGGAGAGAAUAGGAGUGAAGAUGAUGAUGAUCCAGGAUGGCCCCAUGCCCACCGGGGCGGACAAACCCCUGAGAAUCACUGGGGAUCCCUACAAGGUCCAGCAAGCGCGGGAAUUGGUGAUAGAGAUCAUCCGCGACAAAUACCAGGGAGACUUCCGCAGUGGCCGAAACGACUUUGCGUCAAGAUUGGGUGGAAGUACUUUGGAUGUGGCUGUACCCAGGUUUGCAGUGGGGAUUGUCAUCGGCAGGAGUGGCGAGAUGAUCAAGAAGAUCCAGGAAGAUUCCGGAGUGAGGAUCCAAUUCAAACCAGAUGAUGGCAUCAGCCCAGAGCGCAUCGCCCAAGUGAUGGGACAACCAGACAGGUGUCAGCACGCUGUCCAACUCAUCAACGAGCUCACCCAAACAGCACAGGAACGUGAUGGCUUUGGAAGCUCUGGAGGACCAAGAGGAAGGGGAAGAGGUCGCGGGGACUGGGGCAUGGGCUCACCAGGGGGACUGCAGGAGAUCACCUACACGAUACUUGCAGACAAGUGUGGUCUGGUGAUCGGCAAAGGCGGAGAUACCAUCAAGAGUAUCAACCAGCAGUCUGGAGCCCACGUGGAGCUGCAGAGGAACCCCCCUCCCAACACCGACCCCAAUGUUCGCGUCUUCUCCAUCAGAGGCACCCCGCAACAGAUGGAGGUAGCAUGCCAGCUCAUUGACGACAAGAUCGGAGGCUCAGGAAUAGUGAGCAAUGGUAGUUUUGGGUUGAGCCCUUACACUCAAAGCCCUGCAACUCAUCAAAAUUGUGGCAGUGGAGCCCAGACUUUAAUGACAGGGGGAUGGGGGACUGGUUAUCAAACAUGGCAGCCUCAAGGCCAGCAAGACCACAGUCACAAUGGAUCCCAGGCAGGCCAGAUGGACUACUCUACAGCUUGGGAGCAGUAUUAUAAAAAGCUAGGUCAGACAUCUCAGCAGCAGAGCUCACUCCCAGAAUACAGUGCAGCUAUGGCAGAAUAUUACAGGCAGCAGGGAGCGUACCUCUGGCCGGGUGCACAGGCAACCCAGGGCCCAGAUCUUCAGGAGCAUUAGAGUGGACACCCAUCUAAUUAAGACUUUGGAAUCAUUGAGACGAAAAGAGAACUAUUAACAGUACUAUUGACGUUUCUAAAGUAUAUUUUCAAAACUUUGCGUCGUACCUUUCCUUUUUGUAAUGCAUUCGCUGUAGAAUAACUCAACCUAAAAACUGAUAUUUUACUUGGCAAUUUUGGGAUAUACUCGUCUUGAGUAUACUUCUUUUUUUUUUUUUAUGUAUGUGUCUUUGAACAAGAUGUAGUAUAAUCUAUUUUGUCUAGUUUUUGCAAUAAAAUGGUAUUGGCUUAGCAGUCUUGAGGAUUGAGUAUAAUGACAGUUUUGUUUUUGUGAACGAUCAUGUUUUAAGCAUGCGUUUGCUUUUUGAUUUGUGUUUUUACGUCGAACAGUUUAAAUUUUGAGAGAUUGAAAUGUAGUGUGUGAUUGUUGGAAAAAAGUUUUAAUUUCUAACUAAAUUCCUGGUAUGGUAUCUGUAAUUUCUUAUUCAAUCAUGUUAUUCUUCUGUGUCAUUGUUUUGUUUUCUGUUCUGGAAGGUGCGAUAUCUAAUUUCGGUUUUGAGACACAUAUGCUGAUGAGUUAUUAUUCUUACAUUAGACAUCCUAGUUUUAAGCCUAAGUGUAAUAAAUGCUUAUCAAAAUUAUAUUUUAGAGAGCUGGGAUAUGAUGUGUUUGAUUUAAUCUUAUGUAUGUAUCCUCAUGUACAUGGGUAUUUAAGUAUAUUUGUUGAAUAAGGAUUGUUAGUGUAAUAUUCACACGGAUGCUCUCCCAAUUUGAUGUAUGCACUGCUAAUAUGGAAAAUGUUGUUUUGAAAUUUGAUGUUGCAUCUCUCACCAAGUGCAAAUAUAAACCCAGCAUGUCUUCUGUGCUCAAGACUGCUAAGCCACUUUCAUUCUACCUGUUCAAAAUAUUUGUUUUCAUAUGGCAAAUGUAAAGUGUGAUUUAUUUAUAUUUUUGAACCGCCUAGCUUCCACAGUAUCCCAACCAGUACACUUUGUUUCUCGCUAACAUAAUUGUUUUUGUGUAAGAAAGAAUGUAUGCUAUGAUUCGUUGAAUGAUUACUCCCUACAAUUUUUUCUGAUGACAAGACAUACUUUAACCUAUGAUUUUUGUGUACAUUUUUCUCAUAUGCACAGAUAACCUUGUAUUUAAAAGUCAAGUCAUUUGUUUGUUUCUAGGGCAGUUGAUACCAUUUGGGCUAUUGUAAUGCACAUUCCUGUUUUUAGAUGUUUGCUGCCUUUUCAAUGGCAAAUUAGUUUAACUGUGGAGUUACCCAAAGAGCCAUAUCACUGGACUAACAAGUUCAUCUUUCUGUAGCAUACAGUUUGAUUUAGAUACCUUAAGUAUAAAGUUUUAUAUGCCAUAAACAUGAGUAGAGACAAUAUAUAUUCUCACUUGUUUAUUUCUAUGCUUUCUUAGUUGUUUGACUCAGUAAUUUGCCACAAUUGCUUUUGUGAAAAUAUAGAAUCUUUAUUUUUGUACAGUUAAAAAGUUUAUCUGUAUAAUGAUUUGUCAAUCUCCCUAACAGUUUUCUUUGUUGCUGUAUACCGUGCUUCAAUUAAAUCUACUCUCUCAAGAUUGA